UUCAAAUCCAAGAUGACGAAGAACAUAAUGUUUCCUUGUGUUGCAAUCUACUUACUCCUCAUGAUGAUCAUCGACUCGUCAAAGGCCACUCCGUCGUACAACGUCCAGAGAUACGGCGCGAGAGGGGACGGUCAAACUGACUCGACCAAGGCGUUCCACACGGCAUGGUCGAUGGCCUGCAGGUCGAGGACCUCGGCCAUGGUGUAUGUUCCACGUGGGACGUACUUGGUCAAGAAUCUCGUGUUCUUGGGACCAUGCAGGUCAAGAAUAACGUUCAAGAUCGAUGGAACACUCGUGGCACCGACGAAUUAUUGGGAUCUGGGUAGCUCCGGUUAUUGGAUUUUGUUCGCUAAAGUUAACCGGAUCUCGGUUUAUGGUGGAACCGUUGAUGCAAGAGGAGCUGGGUACUGGGCUUGCAGAAGAAAAGGUGGUCACUGCCCUCCUGCUACUAGGUCUAUAUCGUUUAGCUGGUGCAACGAUGUGCUCCUCAGCGGUUUCACAUCGGUCAAUAGCCAUAAUAUUCACGUAUCGGUCCAUCAUUCGACCAACGUUAGGAUUCGGGAUAUAAAGAUUAGGGCACCGAGCGGUAGCCCUAACACCGACGGUAUCCACGUUCAAUCUUCAACUGGCAUAACCAUAAGCGGUGGAGCGAUUUUAACCGGGGACGACUGCAUAUCCCUCAGUCAAGGAUCGAGGAACGUUUGGAUCGAGCGCGUCAACUGUGGACCAGGACAUGGAAUCAGUAUUGGGAGCCUUGGAGACUACGUGAACGAGGAAGGAGUGCAGAAUGUGACUGUCACGAGCUCGGUUUUCACAAAGACGCAAAACGGAGUGAGGAUAAAGUCGUGGGCGAGGGCGAGCAACGGGUACGCGAGGAACAUAGUGUUCAGAAACCUCGUAAUGAACAACGUUCAAAACCCUUUGAUCAUCGACCAGAACUACUGUCCUUCGGGCAAAGGCUGUCCUCAUCAGAGUUCUGGUGUGAAGAUAAGUGGAGUGACGUAUUCGAACAUAAAGGGGACAACGGCCACGGCUGUUGGGGUGAAACUGGAUUGCAGUCCGAGGAAUCCAUGCACUGGCAUCGUAUUACAAGACAUUAAGCUCACUUACAUGAGACGUUCGUCGAGUUCUUAUUGCAGACAUGUUCAUGGACGAUCCUCUGGUGUUGUGAUUCCCAGAAAUUGCCUCUGAAAACUGUCCACAGAUAUGUAUUUGUUCUUACUUCACGAUUCAAUCGGAUUAUACAUUCAUGUAUAAAUAUGUUGUUUGGGUAUGCUUGUUUUUUCAUUCACGUAAAACUGAGAUUUGUCCAAAUCCGAGAAAAAUAAAUUAUUUUUAUAUAAAUGAAGUAUAUAUUUGUAAGA